UAGCAUUAUGCUGUGUGUAUGUUGGCCAAGAAUCACAUUUUUCAGCCCUGAGCUGUCAGGAGUUUCAGACCAAAAUAUGAAACUGUCGUGCGCUAAACUUCCUGCGUAUGCAGCUAUUUUGUCUCGAGCGCAUGCUGCUUGUAACAUUGUAGCAAACUGUUAUUAUUAGUCUGCAAGCUUAGCUGUGCUACAAUGUUGGAAGGAAUAACAGAUAACCCUUAUCCUGGCGUUCUCACAACAAAUUAUAUGUAACGUUUUCCAAGAAAUUUACGUCACAACAUUUGUCAUCAAAUCUGAUGGCUCGCUACACUACACAUUUCUUGCUGUUGGAAGACACACCCUCCACAUUUAUUUAUUGUACUUCCGUGCAUCGGACGGGGUGGCACAAGCGUUGAUCACGCCAGUCAGUUGAAUUGGCUAAACAACAUUCUCACGUUUCGAGGAGCGUCUAUGACAGCCUAGCCGUGAAUGAUACAGUAUGUUGUGUCUUUUCUGAAAAUGUAUCGAAACCGAAGGGUAAUCGCAGCACCGGAUUGUGGUAAACAAGCAACAUCAAGGACCAACAAUACAUCCUGACGCUACAGUAUGGCCUGGGCUCUCACAGCAUGGAAUUGGUAUCCUCUCUCUGUCCUAUAGAUUUUUAGGUCAGGUUUUUACAAAUGCUCUGAACAGUUUGUAAUGGACCUAAAAUCUCUAUUUCUGAAUAAGCUCCUCCAAUUCACCAGGGUAGGAACCAAGACUCUGUGGAUUUCAGAGUAACGUUACAACAUUUUACCCAAGACCUACUUUCGAGAGGCAGAGGGUGUGCAUUGUCUAAGUGGGAAUGGGAAACUGGUGUUGUCCUGCUGCUAGUCCCUGUGACAAUGUGGAGGAAAUAAGUGGGUUACUUCAUGGGGGUGUCGAGAUUCCAGCAUCCUCAUCAGAAUGUGGAGAGGUCGCUGGAUUCCACAAUGGUUCCGAGGAAGAUUCUGAAGUGAGGAAAACGGGAGGAGACAAUGCAGAGGACAAUAAAGACAAAGAGGUGGCUGUUGUGACUGUGCAGGUGUGCUGUAGUGUCCCUCCCAAAACCAAUGGAAAGGAAGACAUUGCCCAGCCCCAGACUAUAGAGAAGAAUGGACUCCUCCAGACAGAAGACAGACAGGCUGAGGAGCCGUCUCCCAACACAGGCACUGGACUCAUAGCAAACUCCAUCCUUACAGCACUGGACAAAAGCAUUGAGGAUACAGCCACAGAGAGCACAAAUGUAGAAGCUCAGAUAUGCACUUCAGAUCCUCCCCAGGGUCCCCUUAAGGAAGAGGUGCAAGGAGGAGGAGAUGCAGAGAAGGUCCUGGCUGAGAUAGAUGUAGCUGUACUUGCUGAGCAGACCUCCACUGUGGUCCAGAAUGAACACUCAGAUAAUAUAACAGUUACACCUGAUGCUAAGGACAAAUGCCCUGAAGCCUUUGCUCCCAAAGCUGAGAUACCAGUAGAAUCCAUUACCUCUGAAACUGUGGAUGAAGAUUCAACAAUACCCCUCCACAAUGCGGUGGAUGUACUGUCAGAGCCAGAGAAGUGUUGUGACCACCACAGUGCCAAGACAUCUCUCCCAGACUCCCAGCUCACCCCACCAGAGGCCUGUGAGAAGGCAGCAUCUACCGACAGUGUCCCUCACCUGCCCUCAUCUCCAUCUCCCACUAUCACUGUGAUAAAGGGGGUGGAUGGUAAAGAGAAUAGGAGCUCUGUAGUGCCCCUGAAUGACAGUCCACAGGAUCCUGAGGCUUCUCCAGCUUUAUCAGGAGCUACGGAGCCCACACAGAAUGGUCUGGUUCCCCAAAACCUCACUGGACUGGUGAAGGAACCAGUGAGAAUGAGUCCCUCUGCGACCAACAAGAGUCAAAACUCCUGUGAACAAGCGAAGGAAGGUACCCAGGGUGGAUUGGUUGAAGUCCCAUCUUUGGAAGACCUCUUAGAUGAAGGAGCGGAGGAAGAAGUGCCAGAAACAAAGGAACAGGAGGAUGAGGAGAUGGAGAGUGCUACUGCAGGGGCCAUGACAGGGGAUGAGACGGGAGGGGAGGAGGCCCUAAAAGGAGAGGCCCAUCAGGGGCCCAGCACCUCUGCUGAUUUGGAGGUGUUACAAGUGAGGGAAGAAGAUGGUCCUGCUGGGGACGAUCUGGGAGUUAGCGAGGAAGACCUGUAUCGAGGAGCUGAAGAGCUCCCCCAGGGGCCAGUUAAACAUGCAGGCCCGGAGCCACUGUUUGAAAUCACACUUCCAAAGGUUGAGGACCGAUGCAGUCUGGAGCCAAUGGUGGAUAUUAUGUCCUACAGUGAGAGAGAGUGGAAGGGAAACACUGCCAAAAGUACCCUUAUUAGAAAGGGUUACACUGAGCUGUCUCAGAGGUUUGGGAGCCUGAGACGGGUGAGAGGAGAUAACUACUGUGCCCUCCGAGCCACUCUGUUCCAGGUGCUCUCCACCAGCACCCAGCUGCCUGUCUGGCUGCAGGACGAACACAUUUCUACGUGGCUGGAGGAGCUGGAAUGCCUGAUUGGCCAGUGGAUGUUCCCCUCAGAGUGCAGACAGAGGGAGGGAAGCGAAGAUGCCGCCCAACAGCUCAAACGCUACAUGGAACUCCUCCAGAACAGGUGGCAGGCGGCGGUGGGCUGCUCCAGUGCGGAGGAGAGACUGUGUCUGUGUGAGCGUGUGUUCCAGGGAGGGGAGGAGGAGCUGGGCCUGCUGGAAGCCCUGAAGCUCCUCAUGCUUGGCCGGGCCGUGGAGCUCCACACCACCAUGCAAGAGGGAGGAGACGUGCCCGUCUUCUGCUGGCUUCUCUACGCACGCGACUCUUCCGACUGCCCACGCAGCUUCCUGUCCAACCACCUGAGCCAAGUGGGAUUCAGCGGGGGGCUGGAGCAGGUGGAGAUGUUUCUGCUGGGGUAUGCCUUGCAGUGCACCAUCCAAGUCUACAGGCUGUACAUGGCACACACAGAGGAGUUUAUCACCUAUUUUCCCGACGACCAUAAGGAAGACUGGCCCUGUGUAUGUCUGGUCACAGAGGAUGACCGGCACUACAAUGUCCCAGUGGGCCAGCCCAAUGGACUCCAGGUCCCAGAAGACCUCAAUGCAAGCUGAUUGGACUCAAAGUCCCUGAUUUGCCACUGAAGAAGCUGCUCAUGGCAGGCAGAACAGAAAGCACUCAUGUUGACUGAGUGAACACUGAACAUAUUCCUGCCUAUUGACAUUAUGGCCCCAUUUACACCUGUUAGAAAAAGAGCUUUUGGAAUCUGACUAGAACUGAUGAUUAAAUAGAUAUCAGAUCACAUUUUUUUUUAACAGCAGGUGUAAAUGGGUACUAACACACCCAUAAAAGGUGAGAGCAGAGUAGGCAGAGGUCAAUUCUUCACAGCACAUUUUAGCCUUGUUUGACACUGAAACCAUGACCUUGAAUCAAUUUUAGCUACCAGUUAGUUAUUGGUACUUAAAUUUAGAAGUUUAUUUUUUAUGUAACUCAUGAAAUACACAAUUUUAUUGUAAGGUUAGCAGUAACUGCAAUUUUAGAUGGGUUAACUGGAGUACAGGAAGUUUGUUUGAUAAUUUGUCCCUGCGUCAGUGGCAUGCCAGGUCUCUGCUUGCUGCCAUACGCUCGAGUAAAGCUGUGGUAUUAUUUCAAAAUGUAACAUGCUGCCUUUAACCAAGGUGCUCUUGGAGAAAAUGCAUUGUGCCAAUGUUGUUGCAAAAUCCAGAUACUGGCAACAGUUUCCUGGUUCAUUGUCAAACCAGCAGCCUCUGAGUUAGGUUCUACAUAUGAAGCCUGGCCUGGUCCUCCAUGUUGCCUUAAGUCAUUUAUGCACAAUAUGGGUGAACAUUGGUUGCUGCCUGGAGACCAUUUUGGUAAAAAAAUAAAAUGUAAAAAAGCUAACACUGAUUAUACCACUUGGGUAAACACUUUUGUGCAGUAUGAUUGCAGAGUUUUAAAGGAAAUAAAAUCAAUAUUUUCAAAAUAAA